AUGACAUUUAGUAUUGAAUACAAUCGCAUGGCUUUAAUCGCCGCUGUAUUCACUCUAUGUCUGGCCUCUAGCUAUGGCUAUGCGUUCGGUGGACGACAACAAUGCGGUCGAUCGAUGGCCUCCACACGUAUAGUCGGCGGACAGGCAGCUCAAUGGCUGGCCUGGCCGUGGAUGGGGUUCAUUGAAUACAACAUGACUCACCCGACCAAGGGCCUUUAUAUCGGUAUAUGCAGCGGAUCGUUGAUCAGUGACCAAUGGGUGCUGACCGCCGCCCACUGUACCGAAAAAAUUAUGGACGGUUAUAAGAUAAUUGGCAUCAAUGUUACAUUUGGCGAUUAUGAUUUCCGAAUUACCGAGGGCACUGAAGUUACCCGAUUUGUUAACCAGUACUACCUCGAUAGUUUCAAUGGCACCAGCUUUAAAAACGAUCUGGCUCUAUACAAACUGACCGAGCCGCUUGAUCUACAAGGCCAACACAGUUACCUUCAGCCUAUAUGUAUGCCACCACGUACUUUAAAUUUAGCACCUGGCACAAUGGUCGAGGCCACCGGUUGGGGCUAUACGUCGGACACGAGUGGACCGCCGGACACUCUAAACCAGAUAGCGUUGCCAGUAGUCAAUAACCCGGUGUGUAAGCGCAGGUGGGACUACCUGUUCGAUGCCAGCGGCCAGUUGUGUGCCGGCUAUCAAGAGGCUGGUCAUAAUAUUUGCCAUGGUGAUAGUGGUGGACCGUUGAAUUAUCAACUUGCCAAUGGUGCCUGGGUGGUUUAUGGUCUAACCUCGUUCACAAGCGGUGAUGGUUGCGCCACCUAUGAUAGUCCCAGUGUGUUCACCAAGGUUGCUCCGUAUAUAUCGUGGAUUGAACGUGUGACCGGGCUCAAAUUUAAUUAA